AUGGCUAUCAAGGGAGCCGCACUCAUGGGUAGCAGAGGUGCUGUUACCAAAAGAUCCAGGCUGCAGGGACCGGAAGGCGGGAGAGAAGUGGGAGAAGACUUAGCAAGCCAGAGCCACCGGAGGACCGGAAGAAGCAGUAGAAGCCUACAAGUCUCCAGAUGUGGAUUUGCUUUAGGUAGUCAGACAAAGAAGGCAGCCAUAUCCGUUGGACUUGGAUCAAGUAAGACUAAGGAAAUGGUUCCAGCUCUUGCAACCCUCUCAAUAGCAGCAGCUUUCCAUGAAGAUGAAGAUGGUUAACCAGAAGAAAUGCCUCCAGAAGCAAGGAUGAAAAAUAUUGGGAAGAGACCAAUAUCAGCUGAGCCAAACUCUUUUGAUAAAGGAAAGCGUAGCUUUUCGGACAACCGUAAGUGGCGGGAGCGAAAUAUAAAAUCUCAUCUUGGAAAUGUGGACGGUGAAGACAAUUAA